AUGCUCAAAGCGGCGCUGACACUCAUAUCUCUCGCUGCGAGCGCGCUCGCAUGGGACACCGUUUGCGCGGUCAAGCCCCUUGGUGGAGGACAGGAUGACGGACCGAACAUCAAUGCCGCGUUCGAGGAGUGCUCGAACAAUGCAGCAAUCAUCCUCGACGGAUACUACAGUGUCAACACCUUGCUCUUGGCCGAGGGUCUGAGUCAUGUUGACAUUGUCUUGAGCGGGACAGUGCAAUACACGCCUAACAUCGCUUACUGGUCCCCGAACAGUCUGUAUUUGACUUUCCAGAAUGCGACAACUUUCUGGUUCUUGUCCGGAGAGUAUAUUCACCUCUACGGCGGCGGUACGAUUGAUGGCAACGGGCAAGUAUGGUGGGACACGUUCAAUACCACUGGGAACUCGGGUACUGCUGGCGGCUCGUCUAGGACCUUCGCCCGGCCGAUUCCACUUACCGUCGGGAAUGCAUCGCACGUCAUAGUUGAGGAUAUCACGGAGAUUGGCUCCCCGUUCUGGAACAACUUUGUGUAUCAAAGUACAAAUGUUACUUACAGCCGUAUCAACAUCAGCUCGGUGUCGUAUUCAAGUGCUCCGACGGCAAACUCAGAUGGGUGGGACAUAUAUAGGUCCUCGUAUGUCACUAUUCAAGACUCCACUGUCAACAACGACGAUGAUUGUGUCUCAUUCAAGCCAAAUUCGACCAAUAUGAUCGUGCAGAACAUGUGGUGCAAUGGCUCGCACGGCAUUUCCGUCGGCAGUCUCGGGCAGUACGCGGGCGAGACCGACAUCGUCGCAAAUGUGUUCGUGAACAACAUCACAAUGCGUAACGCGGAGAACGGUGCACGCAUCAAAGUGUUCGGUGGUAGCCCCUACGCCAAUAGUACCGCGGGUGGCGGCAGUGGAUACGUGAGGAACAUCACCUUCCAAAACUUCUACGUGUACAACGUCGACAACCCGAUGUAUCUCAACCAGUGCUACUCGACGCCUGCGGACACCUGUGAGGAGUACCCAAGUACCCUCUCUAUCUCCGAUGUCCACUACAUCAAUGUGACGGGGACCUCGUCCGGCGAAGAGGGCAGCGUCGUCGUCGACCUGGAGUGCUCAGCCGAAUGCGAGGACAUCACGGCGACUGGCACGCAGUUGACCGCGCCGAACGGCACCGCGACGUACGUCUGCGCGAACAUCGCAACCUUGAACGAGCUUGACUUUAACUGCACUGCGCUUUCAUGA